UUUUAAAACUUCUAGCAAGAGCUGUAUGUAACCUCAUUGCACUCGUCCUCAUUCCUUGUCUGACCAAAGUCAUCCCGCUCAUUGACGUGCAUGAGUGUGAUUCUCUUCUUGUGAUAGUCACAGAAAACAGUGUACAUGAGCAAUACUACAUACAAUACAUUCAAGGCAGUUUUUAUGAAAAUACGUCUUUCGCCACCUCUGAAGGACCUGAACCUCUACUUCUACAUUUACGAGUGUGUUUGUUUGUUUGUUUUGCACAAUUAUCUAUUACUACUCAAGACAAGGACAGAAUGUGAAUACUUUAACCACCUCAUAAGAGAUCAAAUCCCUUCUUCUCCUUUGCCUCUCAUUUUUUAUCUGUACUUCUACUAAGUACAGAGGCCAUGGCCAAGCCAUGAUUGCCAUGGUGAAUCAGUAGUUCUCCUUUCAGUGGAGUCGCUUUGUUUUUUGUUUUUUUAUACAGGCAUCUUAUUCUUAAGUACUUAGUGUGAAUACAUUUUUGCAACCUCUUAUGGAACCAAAUGAGUACUUUUCAUUCUACCAGUUUUUUUAUUUCCACAAAUAUCUGUGCUCUUUUACUUAAGUAGAGAUUGAAUACUUUUGCCACCUCUGACUUCAUUUCUACACGAAUAACUACUUAAAUAUAGAGAGUGUGUGCUUAAGCCACAUGGGGGUGGGGGCGAAAAGCAACAGGUACCGUGGCGUACAAAGGAGGCAGGCCGGGUAGUGAGAGUGCACGCGCAGUGGAUGUUUACUCGGCGUCGGCGGCGCGGACGUCAGAGCUAGCGAGCGCCCAGCAUGCACCGCGAGGCCGUUGAGAGCUCCAGCAGCUGCUAGUGAGUCUCGCCAGUCGCCCCAGCGCCGAGCAAGGCAGGCAGCAUUUCUUCUAUGCUCCACACAACACAGCACAUACAUUAUCCCACUCGGGAGGGGGGCUCCAUGUGAGCAAGGGGAAAAGGCUGACUUGUCUACCUUCCAGGCGACGGAGAAAAAUGCUGUGCGGACGCCAGUCGAGUCACCGCGGCGGCGUUUGAGUCACGAUUGUCUGUCGGUUUCCAUUUUGGAGGAUUCCUCCCUCCAUCCUCCGGGCAAUGACAACGGUCUCGGCAACCCCGCAGCAGAUGAGGGACCGGCUGCUGCAGGCCAUCGACAGUCAGAGCAAUAUAUGCAAUAUGGUGGUUGUACUCGAGGUGAUUACCUGUCUUGAGAAGUAUCCUAUCACCAAAGAAGCACUUGAGGAAACCCGACUCGGAAAGCUGAUCAACGAUGUACGGAAGAAGACCAAGGAUGAAGACCUCGCCAAGCGGGCCAAGAAGCUCUUGCGGAACUGGCAAAAGCUAAUUGAACCUGGACCAGCGGUCGCCGCGAGCGCUCCCGGUUCCACCAAUGGCAGCUCACAUCCCUGCAGGACGGAAGCCUCGCCACCUGACAUCUCUUUGCCGGCGAAGGGAGUCCCCGAAGUCAAAGUCCGAAAUGACGUUCACAACACGUAUUCGCCAAAGGCUGAAAAAUCAAGCAGCCGCAAGCGCCGGGCAGAACACAGAGACAGUGGAGUACACUUACCGGAAAAAAUGUCCAAGUUAUCUCCUUACGAUAACUCUGUUUCGCCGCCGCCGCCCACCAAUGGGAUCGCGGCCAGUCCGGACACCCUGCUCGACCAGGAGGUCGUCCCGUCCCCUGACCGAUCUCGGAUAGAGCACCUUGACAACGACAAAAUCAACAGAAUUCCUGUCAAUGCCGUCAAGCCUCGGCCCAGCUCCCCCGGUGUGGCCAAACUCCCGAGCACUUCGUCUUUAAUCAAGGUUGCUGUAAUGCAGCAGCAGGCAAGAAUGGAUGAUGGCGGUGGCGGUGGGCAUUAUCAAGCCAGAAGUCCCCGUGGCCUUUCCACCAGUCCAAGGAGCACAAAACAAGACGCCACGACCAAGCGCUCUGCAGUAUAUGCACAAAUGCUAACAUCUGUUUCCAGCCCUUCGCCCAGGGAUUCACCCAUGCCUUUACCCCGACCUGCAUCCCCCUUGGCUCAAAGCGCUCACUCUUCUCAUAGGUCUUCAACUCCGUGGACAACCCCACCAGAGGCCCCCUCCCAUUGGCCCCCACAAGACUUAUCCAUGACACUGGAAUCCCCUUCGGUUUCACCCACGCCCCCUCGCCCGCAAAACAAUUCAGAACUCCAUCGGCCCGCGCCCGAAGCAGCCCCGGCCGUCUGGGACGACACGGACGGCUCGCUGACUUCGGCCUCGGAGUGUAAGAGGAGGAAGUACCGCUCUAGAGACUAUUCUGUUAACUUAGAUGGCCAGAAAAUAGAGGACACCACUAAGCCAGUACGGUUAAAAGAACGCAGGCUAACGUUUGACCCCGUCACUCGUCAGAUUAAGCCCCUCAUCCAUAAAGAGCCUUCUCAGUCCGAGGAAGCCCCCACUCCCGAGCCCGUCGAGCCCAAGCAGAGAACUGAAAUUGGUGUCCCGCAGGCCACGGUGCCGGGGCCCAACCCCGUUGCCAAUCCCAAUCCUUUUCACCAGACAAACUGGAAGGAGCUGUCCAGAAACGAAAUCAUCCAGUCCUACUUGAACCUUCAGAGCAACGUGCUCACCUCGUCCGGGGUGCGGGCCCCGAGCGCACACUUUUUCAUGUCCCAGUAUCUGAAAAGGGAAGAACAGGAAGUGAAAGAGUCGAGGCAAAUGCACGUUUUGCAGGUUGAUAGCCCGGCAUUGGAUUUACCGGGCGUGAGUCGGGACGUCAACGACGACGACCUGGACAGGAUACACAACCAGCACUGGCCCGGCGUCAAUGGUUGUUUGGACACCAAGGACACCUGGUAUGACUGGACAGAGUGCAUAUCGUUGGACCCUCACGGGGAUGAAAGCAAGCUGAAUAUCCUGCCGUACGUUUGCCUCGACUGAGGGCUCGUUCCCCCCCCCACCCACUCCUGUUUUUUGUUGUUUUUUUCUUUUCUGUCUCCCCACACAGAUAAGAUCAUAUAGGAUUUUGUUUGUUGCAAAAUCCAGGCCUGCUAAACUCCCUCAUCCCUCCCGUGCCUCCUCCUCUAUCUGUGAUUGAGAUUUUGGUAUUAAAAGAAAAGAUGAGAAAUUAAAAAGAAUAUUUGAGUUUGUGAUACCAAGGGCUGAUUUUGUGUUCAUUUUUCAAGCUGAAAGUCACAGGAAGGAUGGAGGCCCCACGUUGCAGAGCGCAGCUACUAGCAGUCAGAAGAGGGCAGAAUGAGUUCUGCGAGCAGAAAAGGUCACCAAUAUUUUAGGCUCACAGGGUUGAUACUACUUUUUUUUUUUUUUACCUUUUUGAAUCCUGUGAUACAUGGCUCAAUAUGAGGGUGGGCUGGUGUUUAGCUGUCCUGUUCAGGCUGUCAUACUGGUGUUCAUCUGCCAUGUUCAAGUAUAUGAGUCUGAAAUACUGGCAGUUACCAGAAGCUUUAUGUGAAUUAUAAAAGAGUAAAUUAUAGAGUUCUUGUCAUGUACACAUCUAUUUAUUUUGGCUAGUACAUUUUACAGGACUUUGAUUAAGUAUUUUUCUUCCAUAACAUUUUUUGUGUUGUCACUGUUGUCAGUCUCACCUUUAUGUUUCACGAAGAGCCCCCCCCCUGCCCUGUUCCAUAAGUUCAUUUGGAUUUAACAUUCCAUAGACCUUCACCGUAAUGCACUGUCUCCAACACCCAGAAAUAAAAAGUGUGCUCAAGAAGAUGAUUUCAAACAACCAAAACUCCCAACUGUGUAAAAGAAAGUCUAAUUGGAAUAGUAAUCCUGUAUUACACAAAAGUUAGUUUUGUAUUUUGCAGUUAUUGUAAUGUAUCCUAAUUUAGGUACAUUGGUGCCUUGAGACGAGUGUUCCCAAUUUACGAGUUGAUUAAGGUACGAGCAAUUGUUCAGACAUUUCUUUUAAAAUUUGGUAAUUUUAUUGGGGAGGUGUUCGGACAGAAGGCCAAGUAUACCAUGACUUCCAGGCUAACACCAGAAGGAGCAGCAUGAUUGACAAAACCAAAUUCCAUACAUUAUAUUUCAAGAUGCUUUUAUAAAGUACAAUAUUACACAUUGCAAAAAAUGUCUCGUGUCGGUGGCUCAAACAGCCAUUUCCAGUCAUUUCAAUCAGGGAAGAUAGAAUCUCAAGGCACCAGUUCAUACAGAGCCCAUUCCAUUUAUUUAUUUUUUUGAACCUCCAGAGGUACGUUAACAUAUGCCCAAACAGUUACUGAUGGUUCCGUUUUCGAGAUUCCAACUUCAACUCACUCAACGUUAGUAUUUUUCAAUUGUCAAGCCAAACAAAAUGGAGACACAGAGAAGAGAGCCCGGUGUCAGUCACAUCAUUUUUGUGUGAGCAUGCAUUUUUGAUUUUGCGUUUCCUUUCCGCUCACCCGUCACCAUCAUCCCACUAGACGUCAGAUUGGAUAGUGCACUUGCUCAUUCUUCCCUACCAAUGUGCCUUUGGUAAAUUGUAAAUCUGCAUUUGCUUCCACGCGUGAGGCCCUGUCGUCGUGGCCGGGUAGUUUGUCAAGAAAGCUCCAAAUCCUGUGAUCAGUAUGAAGCUGGUAUAUGCAUUGUUUUCUGUCUUUUUUCUUUUUUGUACACAGAAUUUUUGUGAGGGUGCAAGUGCGGAAGGCAGAAGAAGUGCACACCACAGCUGGCAAUAAAAGUGCUACAACUGGUUGAUAAGAAUGUUUUCAGGAGUUUUGACUGGGGUAUCUUUGUUCAGUGUUUAACAUCUCUCAAUUGUUUGACAAAUAAAAUGAUCUAAUUCUUAA